CCGACGUCACGUGACCCGGUAGAUGGGAUGCCGCUCCGAGGCCCCGGCUGGGGUCCGUACACACUCGGGGCUGCUGCUGGACACCGGUCCCCUUUAUAGCGAUCCCCUUUAUAGCGGUCCCCUUUAUAGCGAUCGCCAUAGGUAUCAGCGUAGCUGUAAACCCACGCGGUUUACUACCCCGUAUUCUUGUACAGAGUUCUUUAGGUCCAGACGAUGUACAGCCGUUUCAGUACGGGCACAAAAAAGUGUCUGUGUUUCUCCCUUGUGAUGGGACUUUGUAGGGUGAACGUUGAGAUUUAUAAGGGCACGGGGUGACCAAAGAGGUCUCAAUUGGUCUGUAAUAGGAUAGGGCACUGAAUAGGGGUUGACAGGGAUGAGAUAGAGAGACUGGUCCCCUUUACACCGACCCCUCUUGCCGGGCCCGCGCGGGAUGUCCGGGACCCCGACACCGGUCCCUGUAGUUGUGGGUCGGCUGGAGGGGACCGGCCCCGCCAUGCCGGACACCGGCCGCCGCUCGCUGCAGGAGCGGCUCAUCCGCGCCCUCACGGGCCGACGAUCAUUCCCCCCGGACAGCGUGGCGGUGCUGCUGCAGCAGCAGGGCGCGGACGUUAAUGUGGGACUCGGGACCCAGCUGCCCCUGCACUGCGCCUGCAUGGUGGGCAACACGGCAGGCCUGCGCCUCCUGCUCCAGAGCGGCGCGCAGGUGGACGCGGUGGACGGCUACAAGCGCCGAGCGCUGCACUACGCGGCGGAGCGCUCCUUCACCGACUGCGUCGCCCUGCUGCUGGCGUCGGGUGCCGGGGCCUCGCUGCCCGACGGCAACGGCGACACGCCGCUGCACUGGGCGGCGUUCCGUGGCCGGGCGGGGAACGUGCGGGCGCUGCUGCGCGGGGGCGCAUGCUGCCGGGCGGUUGACACGCACGGUGAGACGCCGCUGCACUGGGCGGCCAAGCGCGGCCGGAGGGCGAUCACGGCCGCGCUGCUGCGGCACGGGGCCGACCCACGUGCGCGGAACCGCCACGGUGAGACGCCCAUCGCGCAGCUGCUGGCCCUGAUGGCGCACCGCUACCGGAACGAUGACGACGGCGACGACGACGACAGCGACGAUGGCGGCGACGAUGACGGCGACGACGACGACGGGGAGGACGAGGGAGACGAGAGGAACGAUCAGGAGGGGUGUCUGCGGCUGCUGCUCGCGGCGGCUGGUGGCUGGGUGGACCUGCCCAGGGAGGACCAAGCCAGCCAGAUCCUCGGCCGGAUUUCCAGCUGCGCUCGUUUGUGGGUGCGUGUGCAGAGCCUGCGUUCGCGCGCACCGUCGCUGGCCAACCAGAGCCGCGCGGCCGUGCGGUGCGCCCUGGGCGCCCGGGAUCUGCGCCCGGUAGUGGAGAUGCUGCCCCUGCCCUGCGCCCUGCAACAAUUCCUGCUGCUGCGGCAGUGAUGCCGCGCCGCCCAGUCACCAAUCCGAGGCUGCGAGUGCAGACACCGCGAGAUUUAUUCGGACAAUUACGCGGCCACAGCGGCCGCUAUUGUCUCAGGAGAAAAAAACACGUGCACAAAACUACCAUGCGUGCCUUUUCGGUAAAACUGUAAGCGUGGGUUUUACCACUCGGUGCCCGCACGGAGCCGCUGGCAUGAGAGCCAGACCCGGGGGCCAUCCCAGGAAGAGCACCUCCGCACCGCAGACGCCAAAGGCGACACGAACCUCCAACGACGCUGAAACACAGACACGUGCGGCCGUGAGUUCGUCCAAUGGGCCUUCACAGAAGCCUAAAACAGGCCUUGAACGCUGGAGGAUGGGCCUUCAGUUUAUUGUGUAACGGGGUGAGAACUCAAGAGGCCAGGCUGCGCCAUUUGCAAGAGUGACCUGGGUCACCAAAAUCAUGAAUGUUUCCUGCAGUACAGGGUGGUCCACAUGUUUUAUGAACCCCCAUUUAUUUCUCUAAAACGUUAUAUUUUUAUAAGUACGGUUUAUGUAAAAAAGCAAAUGAUUAUGCAAAGGGAAAACAAAUUAGGGGUCAAUUAAUGGGGGGUCACAAGACACCUGGACCACUCAACAACAAUAAAGCAAAUGAGAUUAGAGCAAAAACAACCACUUCACAGAAGACAUCUGAAACAGUGCACAAACAUAAAUCAAUGUCCUGCCACGAGCUGGAAGACAGGCAUCACAGACGUGAUGCUAGAGGGAAACCACGCCUAGCGAGCACGGUGCCUGACGGGCGCGUUACCGUGUGCGUGGGCGACGUCCUCGCUGAGCCCUCGUCAUCAGCUCCGCGGGGAGUCCCUGUGGGUGGAACGGAGCGAGUUGGACGAGGGAGGAGCUGCGAUGAAUGUUUCCCGAACGCAACUGCGACGGUAUUCAGAUUCCCGAUGCAGGGGCUGCGUUGGCUGCGGCGUACAAGCACGAUGCUCACCGACUUCGCCGUUGAUACGGUGGCGAGGGCGUCAUUACAGCAGCGCUCGCUACAUCACAUCCAGUAUAUCUCUCACUACCGCCACAGCUACCAGUUACGUGCCUACUCCGGUCUUAUCGGCGAGCCGGAAAAUGUUCGGUGGGAAAUUAAGCCCUGACGGCGUCUAAAUGCCGCCUUCCGUUAUAUAUGCUCAAAACAAAUGGUGGCAAUGGUGCUGGAGAUAUGUGCUGAAGAUAAAUAAGACAAUAAACCAUAAAGAAUAUAAAGAA